AUGUCGUCCAUCCUCCGCUUCACCGCCCAGCGCGCAGCUCCUUCAUUCUCCCGCUCGAUCUCUCUUUCGGCCGUCGCGAGAAAAGAUCUCAUUCAGGACCUGUAUGUCUCCCAAUUGAAGGCCUACAAGCCAUCGCCGCAGGCUAAGGACGCCGCCGCAUCUUCCGUCCGCUCGUACACCGCCCCUACCCCACCCAAGGCUCCCGCACUCCCGACCGACCUCGCCUCUGAGCUUGCCAAGUUUGACGCCGAGGAGCCCGUGAUUGGCCAAAAGGCAGAGUCCAAGCCGGCCGCUGGCGCCGAGACUGGCGGUGAUGGUGUGCAGGAGUACUUGAGCUUCUUGGAGCAGGACUUGCCCAAGGCGGACAAGCACCACUAG